UUGAAGAAGUCGGUUUUAAAAUACAGUGCAGAGUUACAGAGUUACAGAGUUUUCUGUAACAGUAACAUAUUUUUGGAAAUAGUUUUAAUUUGGACCUAACAAAACAUGGGAUUUGUUAAAAAUAUAUUAGCACUUAUUACUUGUGGUUUGAGUGUUUUGGGUUCGGUUGCAGUAGAAACAACUUAUGGAGCCUGUCAGACACCAAACAGAACACCUGGUGAUUGCGUGGUAAUACAAUCUUGCACUGUUCUAUAUACCUUGGCUUUAAAACCUAAUUUGAGGAAUGAUGAAUUAAUAUUUUUACAAAGCAGUCAAUGCGGGACGAUUGGCAAAAAUCCACUGGUGUGCUGCCCUAAGCCUACUAAUAUACCUCAAAAUCCACCUAGUGUCAAAACAUCAGAUGAGACAUGUGAAACACCAAAUGGAAUAAAAGGGAAGUGUAUAUCUAUAAGUAAAUGCAACACUUUAUUACCGUUAACCAGAAAUGACCGAUCGACAAGUGAAAACAACUUCUUAAGAAGAAGCAUUUGCGGAAAAGGCUCUACUCAGAUAUGCUGCCCUGAUCCACAAGAGAGUGACAGGGGAAAGCUGCCUUUACCUCCGAAUUGUGGGCACGUUCCGUCAACACCACGUAUUUUUGGUGGGCACAUGACUGAUAUUGAUGAAUUUCCUUGGACUGCGUUGAUCAUAUACUCCAAAGAAACAAAUUAUGGAGCCUGUCAGACACCAAACAGAACACCUGGUGAUUGCGUGGUAAUACAAUCUUGCACUGUUCUAUAUACCUUGGCUUUAAAACCUAAUUUGAAGAAUGAUGAAUUAAUAUUUUUACAAAGCAGUAAAUGCGGGACGAUUGGCAAAAAUCCACUGGUGUGCUGCCCUAAGCCUACUAAUAUACCUCAAAAUCCACCUAGUGUCAAAACAUCAGAAACAACUUAUGGAGCCUGUCAGACACCAAACAGAACACCUGGUGAUUGCGUGGUAAUACAAUCUUGCACUGUUCUAUAUACCUUGACUUUAAAACCUAAUUUGAAGAAUGAUGAAUUAAUAUUUUUACAAAGCAGUAAAUGCGGGACGAUUGGCAAAAAUCCACUGGUGUGCUGCCCUAAGCCUACUAAUAUACCUCAAAAUCCACCUAGUGUCAAAACAGCAGAUGAGCCAUGUGAAACACCAAAUGGAAUAAAAGGGAAGUGUAUAUCUAUAAGUAAAUGCAACACUUUAUUACCGUUAGCCAGAAAUGACCGAUCGAAAAGUGAAAACAACUUUUUAACAAGAAGUAUGUGCGGAAAAGACUCUACUCAGAUAUGCUGCCCUGAUCCACAAAAGAGUGACAGAGGAAAGCUGCCUUUACCUCCGAAUUGUGGGCACGUUCCGUUAAUAAAACGUAUUUUUGGUGGACACGUGACUGAUAUUGAUGAAUUUCCUUGGACUGCAUUGAUCAUAUACUCCAAAGGUAACGGAAAGACGGGCCUUCAUUGUGGUGGUAGUCUCAUAAACGAACGUUACGUUCUCACGGCAGCACAUUGUAUUAGCGAGCGGAUGCUUCCUUCAAGUUGGCAUGUGACUGGAGUUCGAUUGGGUGAAUGGAAUCAAGAGACAGAAAGAGAUUGUCAAACUGAUAGGCAAGGAAAUUCGUUGUGUGCAGACCCGCACAUAGAUAUAGAUGUUGUGGAACAAAUAUGCUCUCCGCUAUACAAUGUAAGAACUCAAGAAAAUGAUAUAGCAUUACUACGCCUUCGAGAAAAAGUUAAUUUCAACGAUUUUGUUAAGCCGAUUUGCUUACCUGUCGAUAGAAAUUUACAGUUAAACAACUUUGAAAAUGCGACUAUGGACAUUGCUGGAUGGGGAGCUACUGAAACAAGUAAUAGUAGUAAAAUAAAACUGAAAGCAUUGGUAAAGGGGCAAAAUCUGAAUAUAUGUAAAUAUAAAUACCACACUUAUGCAAAUAUUGAAUUGGGAGACACUCAAAUGUGCGCUGUUGGCGAGAAAGGUGAGGAUACUUGUCGUGGUGAUUCCGGUGGACCUCUUAUGUUUCCACAAAGGUAUAAUGCAUUGGAAUCAUACUUUCUGGUUGGUGUAGUUUCUUUUGGACCAAAGCUUUGCGGUCAGGAAGGAUUUCCUGGUGUUUAUACUCGUGUGGGGUAUUUUUUAAAUUGGAUACAAAACACAAUUAGAAAAUAAAAAAGUUAUAAAAGUAUAUAAACUA